UCAAGUUCACAGACAAUACCUCUCUGUAAAUCUCUCUCAGUAGUACCUCGGCCACUGUGAAAAUUUUGGCCUUGGUACCCAAAAGAUCCACUCCCCUUUCUCAAUUUCUUAUCAAUUUUUUUGGGUUCUGUUUUAUGGUUGAAAAUUCAGAAAAAGUAUUAAAAAUUGGACAAAUAUACAAAAAAAAAAAAAAAGAAAGCCCUGCAAUUCCAGGGUUUGUUUCUGUAUUUGAAUCCCCUUUUGGGGUGUUGUUUGGCGUGGGUGUUUUCUGUGUCUUUUUUUUUCUUUUCUUUUUCUUUGCUUUCUUCUUUCUCAGAAAGGAAAGGAAAGGGAAAAAGCUAUGUCAGGUCUGUACAAUCACAACUUCUCACCUGCAAGAGCGGUUUCUCCGCAGAUUAGAAGCACCCCGGAUGUGGACAGUCAGUACUUGUCUGAGCUUUUGGCUGAGCAUCAGAAGCUUGGGCCCUUCAUGCAAGUCCUUCCGAUAUGCAGCAGGCUGCUGAAUCAAGAAAUUAUAAGGGUUUCUGGCAUGAUCUCCAACCAAGGUUUUGGUGACUUUGACAGACUGCAGCAUCGGAGCCCCAGUCCCAUGGCUUCUUCAAAUCUUAUGUCAAAUGUUGCUGGGACUGGAUUAGGUGGCUGGAAUGGCCUUCCUCAGGAGAGAUUAAGUGGGCCACAUGGAAUGACUAUGGACUGGCAAGGGGCACCGGCAAGCCCCAGUUCAUAUACUGUGAAGAGAAUUUUGCGUUUGGAAAUUCCAGUAGAUACUUAUCCAAAUUUCAAUUUUGUUGGGCGACUUCUGGGCCCCAGAGGCAAUUCACUGAAACGGGUUGAAGCUACUACAGGAUGCCGUGUGUACAUUAGAGGGAAAGGGUCAAUAAAGGACCCGGAGAAGGAAGACAAGCUGAGGGGAAGACCAGGCUAUGAGCACCUGAAUGAUCCACUCCACAUCUUGAUCGAGGCUGAUUUGCCUGCUAAUAUUGUUGAUAUGAGGCUGAGACAGGCACAGGAAAUCAUUGAAGAACUCCUCAAACCAGUGGAUGAGUCACAAGAUUUUAUUAAGAGGCAGCAGUUACGUGAACUAGCUCUGCUUAAUUCAAAUUUCAGAGAAGAGAGUCCUGGGCCAAGUGGUAGUGUCUCCCCCUUCAAUACCAGCGGAAUGAAACGUGCAAAAACAGGACGUUAAGAAUUCCAUGUCCGAACUGGUUUUGACCCUGCUCCAGAAUUUCAUAACCGAGUAUACCCACCCUAUUUACAUCUCACUUCAGCACAGGGACAAAGAAUAGGCUAACGGUUCUGGCUGGGUGAGGUUUCUGGUGGGCUUUCUUUUUUAUUAUCGUCUUGCUUUUUUGGACAACAGAAAAACAAAAAAAAUGAAACAGAAAAAAAAAAAAAACAAAAAAACCAGAACAUGUCUUCUAUAGUUGGCUUUUGGGUUUAGCUUUGGUGAUAUCAGUUAUUAUGUAAACCUAAUACAUUCAUUGAAUUUAUUCAUGUGUUAGUAACUCUGGAUAGUGUGGAAUAUAUAUUAAUUACCCCAUUAGAAAAAAUGAAAAAAAAAAUACAAAGUGUGGUAUAUUUAUUUAUA